CUUCUCUGUGACUCCAUUCUCGAGUCUUCUCCGACUCGCCGUCCUUCCGCUUGACCACUCCGCCCCUCCCGCCGCCCGCGCCUCUCCUGCCAGUCGCCUCCGCCUUCCUUCCCCGCCGCCGGCACCCAUCCAUUUGGUCCCCCCAUUAUCCGCCCGCUUCAUCCUCCCCUUCUCUUCUCUUCCGGAUUCGAUGCCCAUGGAGACCAGCGGCUCAGCCGCCGCCGGCGAGGUGGGCUGGUACGUGCUCGGCCCGAACCAGGAGAGUGUCGGCCCCUACGCGCUUGCCGAGCUUCGAGAACAUUUUGCAAAUGGUUAUCUCAAUGAGAGCACAAUGCUCUGGGCAGAAGGGAGGACUGAAUGGAUGCUGCUCUCGUACCCUGAGUUACACACUGCAGUCACAGCAAAGGAUCAAUCCGAACAAGUUGCUCCAGAUGCUGAAGAUGAUUUUGAGAAAUUUCAGAAGGAGGUUAUAGAAGCCGAGGCAGAGGUUUCAGCCUUGAAAGGCAGUGCUGAAGAUGGUGAUGUGAACCAGCUGGAUGAUGAGCGGCCAGCAACCCCACCGGAUGGAGAGGAGGAGUUUACUGAUGAUGAUGGCACCAUUUACAAAUGGGACCGUACUCUGAGGGCAUGGGUUCCUCAAAAUGACACAUCAGGUAAAGAGGAAGAUUAUGCUGUUGAAGAGAUGACUUUUGCACUUGAGGAAGAAGUAUUUCAGGCGCCAGAUAUCCCUGGUACUUCUGCAGUAGAAGAAGUCAACACACUGGAUGAAAACAAGAACAAAGAAUUAGACAAAGUGGAAAAGAGAGGGGACAAGAAACGGAAAUCUUCUGAGAAAACAGCUGAAAAGAAGGAAGCUAACAAACCUCCAGACAGUUGGUUUGAUCUCAAAGUCAACACACAUGUCUAUGUAAAUGGACUGCCUGAUGAUGUCACACUGGAGGAGAUCGUGGAGGUAUUUUCCAAGUGUGGAAUAAUAAAGGAGGACCCUGAGACUAAAAAGCCCCGGGUGAAGAUCUAUACUGAUAAGGAAACUGGGAGGAAAAAGGGAGAUGCCUUGGUGACAUAUCUCAAGGAGCCUUCUGUAGCUUUAGCAGUUCAGUUGUUGGAUAGGACAUCAUUCCGUCCUGGUGGCAAGACUCUGAUGUCUCUAAGUCCGGCCGAAUUUCAGCAGAAAGGUGAUGUUUUCAUUGCAAAGAAAACUGAUAAACAAAAGAAAAGGAAGACCAAAAAGGUUGAAGACAAAAUGCUUGGAUGGGGUGGACAUGAUGAUAAGAAGGUGAUGAUUCCUACUACCGUUAUUUUGCGGCACAUGUUCACUCCGGCUGAGUUGAGAGCUGAUGAAGAACUUCUUACUGAGCUUGAGGCAGAUGUUAGAGAGGAAUGCGUCAAGUUUGGUCCAGUGGAUAAUGUCAAGGUUUGUGAAAAUCAUCCACAGGGUGUCAUGUUGGUGAAAUUCAAAGACCGGAAAGAUGGCGCCAAGUGCAUAGAGAAGAUGAAUGGCAGAUGGUUUGGCGGGCGGCAAAUCCAUGCGAGUGAAGAUGAUGGCUCUGUUAACCAUACUCUAAUCCGUGAUUAUGAUGCAGAGGUGUCAAGGCUGGAUCGAUUUGGAGAAGAGUUAGAAGAGUCAACUUAGAGCAUGAGAUUGCCUUCUUGUACGGUAAGAUAGCAUGAAAGGAGAUUAUGUUAGUGGGUAUCAUUUAUGAGCCAUGACCCAUGAGCACGUUGUCUGUUACUGCAACAUGUAGAGAUGCACAAUUUUCCGUGCUAACAUGAAACACUUGGUAGCAAGCAACAAUUCCAAUGCUCGUGAUAUUGCUACCAAUCAAAGUACAAAUACUGAUGGCCAAUGAUAAGUUCAUUGCUAUAUGUAUCAAAAUCUGUUUUUAAUAACGGUAUAUGAAGUUGUAUUGCGUUGCCUCUCGGGCUUUGA